CUCUGACGUGCGCACGGGCGGAUGAGUCAAACCUGCGUCAGACUUCGUCGUGACUUUCCAUAGUAAUGUUGUUUUUUUGUUUUUUUUUAUCUUUAUUAUUAUUUCGCCCCACAACACGGCUGAACACCACGUGGAAAUCAGAGGCGCGAGUGAGAGAAAGUCGUUAGAAGAGCAUCCGGAACAUCAUCCGACAGGAGAAGUGAGACAAACUGAGGCGAUCGGCCGGCUAAUCGCAGUUUUAAGCGAGGGAACUUGUGGCUGGCGUUGAGCUCCUGCGUCAGACUUUACGCACCGUGUGCUGCGCGCGGCUGGAGGCUCUCUGUUGAGUUCGCAUCUAGCAGCGCGUAGAAAUGCUGCAUGCAGAGACGGUGGAUGAAUGAACGCAGCAUACAUUCACCCAGGAUUUAUGCAGCCACACCGACCCGAUCCGCAAACCGCAAAGAAGAUUUAGGAAAAGCACAACUUUCUCAUCUCUACACACUCCGACUUGGUUGCUCUGCUGCUGGACGUUCUCCUCUUCGUUCCCCGUCGUCAGCCUCCCAUCUGAAGGAGCUCUGUUGUUCCAGCAGCCAUGCCAAAAAACACCAAGGUGACUCAGCGGGAGCACAGCAAUGAGCCGGUCACAGAGUCCGUGGCUGACCUUCUGUCCCUGGAGCACCCCAUGGACUAUAAGAGCAGUCAGAUGAGUAUGGGUCUGAGUCCCGGAUCCACCGCCCCAGUAAGGUCUCUGCUCCCCGAGCAGGACGCCGAGGACGGCCGGCCGGCGUGGAACAACAAGCUGGAGUACAUCCUCGCUCAGGUCGGCUUCUCGGUUGGUCUGGGAAACGUUUGGAGGUUUCCCUAUCUGUGCCAGAAGAACGGUGGAGGUGCAUACCUAGUGCCCUACUUCAUCCUCCUCCUCCUCAUCGGCAUCCCCCUGUUCUUCCUGGAGUUGGCAGUCGGUCAGCGGAUCAGGCGUGGCAGCAUCGGGGUGUGGAACUACGUUUACCCUCAGCUGGGGGGCAUCGGCGUUUCCAGCCUCAUGGUCUGCGGCUUUGUUGGCCUCUAUUACAACGUCAUUAUCGGCUGGAGCAUCUUCUAUUUCUUCCAGUCGUUUCAGUAUCCUCUGCCAUGGGCCGAAUGCCCCAUCAGGAAAAACGGAACCGAAGCCAUUGUGGAGCCAGAAUGUGAGAAGAGCUCAGCCACCACCUACUUCUGGUACCGCCAGACUCUGAACAUCACCAGCACCAUCGACGAAACCGGUGGCCUGAACUGGAAGAUGACCCUGUCCCUGCUGGUGGCUUGGAUCUUGGUCUGCCUGGCCGUCAUCAAGGGCAUCCAGUCCUCUGGGAAGGUGAUGUACUUCAGCUCUCUCUUCCCGUACGUGGUGCUCUUCUGCUUCCUGGUGCGAGGCUUGAUGCUGAAGGGCUCGGUGGACGGCAUCGCUCAUAUGUUCACUCCCAAGCUGGAGAAGAUGCUGGAGCCGCAGGUGUGGAGGGAAGCAGCGACGCAGGUCUUCUUCGCCCUCGGCCUGGGCUUCGGAGGCGUCAUCGCGUUCUCCAGCUACAACAAGAGGGACAACAACUGCCACUUCGACGCAGCUCUGGUUUCCGUCAUCAACUUCGUCACGUCCAUCUUGGCCACUUUGGUGGUGUUCGCUGUGCUGGGCUUCAAAGCCAACAUCAUGAAUGAGAAGUGUGUUGUCGAGAACACAGAGAAGAUUCUGGGUUACCUGAACACAGGUGUGCUGAGUAAGGAGCUUAUUCCUCCUCACAUCAACUUUUCCCACCUGACAGCUCAGGAUUACUCAGAGAUGUACGGAGUCAUCAAGACGGUGAAGGAGGACAUCUUUGGCCAGCUGGGUCUGGACCCCUGCCUCCUGGAGGACGAACUUAAUAAGGCGGUCCAGGGGACCGGCCUGGCCUUCAUCGCCUUCACCGAGGCCAUGACACAUUUCCCCGCCAGCCCCUUCUGGUCUGUCAUGUUCUUCUUCAUGCUGAUCAACCUGGGUCUGGGAAGCAUGAUCGGAACCAUGACCGGCAUCACCACGCCCAUACUGGACGCCUUCAAGAUCCGGAAGGAGAUUCUGUGCGUGGUUUGCUGCAUAAUAGCCUUCCUGCUGGGUUUGCUGUUUGUGCAGCGUUCAGGGAACUACUUUGUCACCAUGUUUGAUGACUACUCCGCUGGUUUGCCCCUCACCGUGGUUGUGAUCCUGGAGAACAUCUCUGUAGCCUGGAUAUAUGGCACUAAGAGAUUCAUGCAGGACCUGGAGGAUAUGCUUGGUUUCAGACCAUACGCCUUCUACUACUACAUGUGGAGAUACGUGUCCCCAGCCAUCCUGGUGGUGCUCAUCGUUGCAACCGUCAUAGAGAUGUCUGUCAGUCCUGCAGGAUACAACGCAUGGGUGGAGGAAGAGGGCUCAGAGCGUUUCCACAGCUACCCUCCAUGGGCUUUAGCCAUGGCCUACGCCCUCAUCGUGGUCGCCAUGCUGCCUCUGCCCAUCGUCUUCAUCGCCCGCCACUUCAACUUGGUCUCCGACGGCUCCAACAAGCUGUCGGUCUCCUACCGUAAAGGCAUGAUGAAGGAUAUCUCCAACCUGGAGGAGCAGGACGAGCAGCGCUUCAUCCUCGGCAAGAACCCCAGCGAGGCUCCCUCCCCUAUGCCAGCCCACCGCGCUUAUCUUGGGCCCGGUGGCACCCAAGAGAUGACCAACACCAACUAUGGCACCAGCACCAAGACUGGAUACCAGAACAUUGGCUCGCCCGAGUCUGAGCUAUGAUCUAUUGAGCUCCAACGUCCUCCCGCUUACAAACGAAGCCCUCUCAGCUAGAGGAGAGGGAAAUAGAGAAGGUGGAAAAAAUUCAGUUGCAGCAUUCCUCACACCUUAACCUCCAGAGAAGUAAAAAUAGAGAAGCACACAGAAAACAGCUCGUGAUAUGGCAGUCUGAAAAUCAAGUCUGAUCUUUUGCUCAGUGAACACGCCAUGACAGCACUUCUCAGUGUGGAAGUUGUAACUGUGGGAAGAAGAUUAGCAUAACCCCGCCCCUGACAAUUUUUGAAAAAUUCUGGCAAAGUGGUCCGAGCCAAAAGACACAGAAAGGCGGGCCGAGUGUGGCAAUGAGCAGAGGGGGUUAGCGGCGUUUUGGUCAGGACAAAAGAAGCACUGUUGUUAACUUAUAAACUAUAUUUAGUGACUUUCCAGACACCUAUAACAACUUUUUAUCAAAAGACCAAAAGACUGUCCUGCAGUACACCAUCACCAGUGGUCAGAGCAGAGGAGACCCACUUCACUCUGUGUCUUUGUUGCACAUGAAUCACACAAUCUCAAAUCUGAGUAACUAUUUAUCAAAGUUCGCCGCACUGUUCCAACUCCCAACUCACCACCAGGUGGGGCUGUGUGUCUGAGUGAGAUGGUUUUAUACCCAAACGGAGGGUUGUGUGAUGAAAAGCCAUACCGCUAUAAACAAAGAGGGUCAUUCAACUGCUGAAGCGCUGUUUGACCAAAAGGGAUCUGCACUGAGGUGGUUUUAGGCUAAAUAACACGGAACUGAAAAAAUAUGCACAAAACUGUUAAAUUUGCACAGAAACAUAAAGCUGGAACCCUAAAUGAUCUAUUUAGACAGUUUAUCGGCAACAAAAAUGACCUGGGGGGGUGAGUUACAAUUUAAGCAUUAGUGAGGUGUCAAAAAUAAAGAGAGAAAAAACAAAAAUUAAGCUGAAUUUAAAAAUAAUUGUACAACUUUCUAUGUAGAAGACCUGGAAAGAUUCACAGAGUACUGCAAUGUUUCUCUGUUUCAAUCUUUUGAUACCUUUCAGUCAUGAAAUGUCACACGUGGAAUUACUGACAGCCUGGAAAUUUAAGAGUCAAGAGUUUAAAUUCCCUAAAGGAAUUUAAAAGCAGUCUUCCCACAAGAGGAAGACUGUUUUUCUUAUGCUAGCACCAUUACUUGCUAAUAUCCUGUGCUUGAACAGAAAUGGGAAUUAGCUGAAAUCUGAGUGGAAAUAAGCCACAAAAUUCAGAUGGGUGCAUCUCUAUAUAAACUCUCUCUGAGGUUAAGCAGCGGGCAAUGCUACAAUGCUUAGACUGGCACAGAACUUAAAAUGCUUUCAGGAAUCAGUUUGUGCUUUUGCUGGUUCACUGAAGAGGAUUGUUGCUAUGGGAAUAGGAUCGAAGGAGACUUAGAAAAAAAAAAUCAUCCUUCACCUGAUAAGUAUCAGGAAACUUUUCAUGAGGAAACAAAAGUGGUCAAACAUUCAUCUGUCACAAUAUGUAGUGCGAGAUUCUGGUAGUGUUACAAGCACAUUAUAGUUUGGAGUUUUUCGUGCCUAUCACGCAUCAGCAAUAAUAUCAGAGCUCAUUGAAUCACAAAUCUCCUUCUAUCUCUAUUUCCCCUUCUAAUGUACAUUCAAACAGUGUAUAUAUAUGUUGUGCAAUAGUUGGAGACCCCCCAUGCGUACACGCUGCAAUAGAGAAGAAAGAGGGGUUACCUUAGCCCCUCGUCAUUUCUACAAGCACAGAUCCACGGACACCUGCCAUGUUUAGAGCAUCUCUGAGCCUUAGCACUUGUCUUUUCAACGAUGUUCCUCCUCAUUGAGCACGGCGUGACUUUUAACGAAUGGUUUAGGAUUGUGGAUGAGCCUCUGCUUUAAGGAAACAGACAGGCACGGGAGCUCAGUGUACACGUAGAUUUGUAUGUCUGUGUGCUGUCUGCCGCUGAAUUAGAGCUCCUGGCAUACCUGCCUGUUUAAAAAUAGAG